AGACAACUCAAUCGGUGGUGACUGGGAAGCGAUGGCGAGGGGACAGCAGAAGAUUCAGUCGCAACAGAAGGCGGCGAAGAAGGCGGCCGACGCCAAACGGGCCGAAGGACACGACCAGAAGAAGGCCGCGCAGGCGGCGCUCACCUACCAGUGCUCUGUCUGUAAGUCCCAGAUGCCUGACCCCAAAACCUAUAAACAGCACUUCGUUAACAAACACCCGAAGGUAACCCUUCCCGAAGAGCUCAAAGAUGUGGUCGCGUAAUGCCAGUGACGGCCCACCGCACCACCACUCCAUUCAAUUCAUACGAUUUUGUCUAUAUUUCUAACGAUUACCACAUCUAAACACCUCUCGAGGAACCCGUUCUUAUGGCACAUAAACCUGUUGUGUGUCUAUCGUAUCGACUCAUCCGUCAAACUAUUGUUUCGUUUUUUCUGUGAAUUAAAAAUAACUUUUUGUUGAAAAUGUUUUUCUUUUGUUAAGUCAAUGAACUCGUUGACGAAGCCUUCAAUCUAUAGAUUAUAUGAAAUUCAAAUCAAAAACAGAUGUUUUCUGCGGUUAAAUCCCUUUCCCGUCAAUUUGAAAAUGAAUUUUCUGUUUAUUAUUAUUUACAC